AUGGAUGAGAUUUUUACGAAACUUGAGGAAUUGGCGGAGGAUGAUAAGGGACUUGAUGUUGAGUUUAGUGCCGGAGUGUUAACACUUGAUACGCCGAAUGGGACUUAUGUAAUCAACAAACAGCCACCGAAUAAACAGAUAUGGCUGAGUAGUCCUAUCAGCGGGCCGAAGAGGUAUGAUUGGAUUGAGGAGGAGAGAAAGUGGGUGUAUUCGAGGGACAAGAGUACGCUGAGCAGUCUUUUGGCCGAGGAGGUUGGAACUGAGUGGGAUUGA